AUGCAGCAGCUAGCGGAGGAGGCGACGCGCAAGCGCCCAGCGCAGGCGGCCGCGGAGGCCCCGAAGCGCCUCAAGACCGAGGCCGAGCAGCGCCCGUCGCUCACGCAGCUGCUGGCCAGGAAGGCGGCCGCCGAGCCUCAGCUGUCGCUCUCGCAGGACUCGGACGCGCCGCUCGCCCGCGUCGCCGCGCAGCAGAAGGCCAAGCGCCUCAAGGCCAAGACGCAGCAGCCUCAGACUCAGACGCAGCAGCAGGGGAAGACUCUGGCCCAUGGCAAGACGACGGAGGAGGGCGACGUGGUCUUCGAGCUGUCGGCCAAGCGCUGCGUGACCGUGCGCAAGUGGAAGGCCAUGAAGUUCGUGGACAUCCGCGAGUUCUACGACGACAACGGGCAGGCCAAGCCGGGCAAGAAAGGUGGGGAAAAGUAUGGAUUUAGUGAAGUCUAUUGGUCUGCAGUUGCUAACUUGUGUGCUGACUGGAGUGUGCAGCUCUACAGCUUCUCGGACGCCAUUGCAGAGGCCAUCCAGCUGGUGGAGGAGGACAAAGUGGGCAUGGAGUCCCUUGCCGGUGUCCCCGACUGCAUCUUGAGACCGGAUGGAGACGUGCGAGCCAUCGCGGUGCCGCUGUCGAACAAACGCCGCGCGACUGUGCGCUACUUCCGCAACGGGGUGCUGAUCGACAUCCGCGAGUUUUACGACCAGGACGGCGUCUCGAAGCCUGGCAAGAAGGGCAUCUCGCUCUCAAUGGAGCAGUGGACGGCGCUGCAGAAGAUUGCAGACGAGAUAACGGAAGCAGCAGACCGCCUAUAA